AUGCCCAAGCAUUCAUUCAAGCAAACUGCACUUAAACAAAACAUACCAGGCAAUCGCCGCACGGCCUCAGUACGCUCGGUCGGCUAUAGUGAUCUCUUUGUGCUGAGCAAAAAGGAUAUGUGGGACGUCUUAAAGGAGUAUCCGACGGCGCGAGUGCGACUGGAAUCGAUAGCGGUAAAGCGUUUGGAAAAAUACAAGAAGGCGCCACUAGAAAAAGUUGCCAUGGGACGCUGCCAAUCGACACCCGGCUUAGUGGAGAGUUGCGGACGCACAACGUUAGAGGACAUGUGGCUGCCGCCACCGACUGCAUUGUCUUUCGCACUUCAGCAGCAGCAGCAACAAAGUGUAUCUUACAGUCGUGCUCAAAGUCCCCGCUCUACACUCACCUAUACGGAACGCAUCACCCGCGCCACCGAUUCACCCGGUUCGGUUAGCCCCAGUGCGCAUAGUUCGGAUGAUCGACCGCGAAGUCGCGCAACAUCGCAUCACUCGACGCGGCCACAAUCGCAACCGAGUCGAACAGGACAUAUCUGCGACUCCAGUUCGCAUUUGGAGUAUGGCGGCGGUCUGUCUGUUGCCAGCGGUGGCAUCGGUGGCGGCGGCACAACGCCAUUACUCGGUUCACAUGAAGCCUUAGAAGAUGAAAUUAAGCGCCUGCGUGAACGACUACACACCGUCGAAUCGGAGAAUCAAGCGCUUAAUACGAAGCUAUCACAACAACAAUGGGAUUUAGAAAAUCGAUUAGCCGAAAUUGAAAUGCAAAUAUGUGGUGUCUCAUCGACAUCGAGUCUCGAUCCCGAAAACGAAACCGAAGAGAUGGAACGUAAUCGUGAAAGUAUCAUAUAACACGGGAGCGAGCUGCCCCAUCAGUCGAUCGGUAUGAUGUACAUAUCAUGUUUUACAUGACUCGCAUUGUUGUUGUCGUUAAAUGUUAAAAUUAUCGUUAAACACACAUGGAACACAAUCAAUACAACUACAUACGCACUACUAGCACUGCAAAAUUUACACUACCCCAACCAUAUUUUAUGUACAAUGUACAACUGGCACCGGUGGAGUGGAGCCAUCUAGCAACAUUGUACUUACUUACUUGCUUGCACCACAUCAUCAACUUUGUAUGUAUGUAGAUACAUUAGCAACCGUCAGCUGCUCAAUCGAUUUUAAAACAGGAAAACUAUUUUAUUUGUGUGUGUAUGUAUGCCUCGAAACGCAUCGCAUGUCUAUCUCUCAUUCAAUUUUAUAUUCAGAAAAUAGUUUGACCAAAGCUUUAUAUGUAUAUACAUUUAUACACAUGUACACUUGCCCAUAAUUGUACAAAUAUUUGUAUGUGUAUCUAUGUAGGUGUAUGCAUCACAACCACCCACUACUACCAAACCAGUUGGUGUUAUAUUUCUCUCUUUGCAUUGCUGUGGGAAAACAACCAACAACAACAAUCUGGCAACAUUUUCAAUUUCCGCUUGCAACAAUGUUUUCAUUUCGGAUUGCAUUGCAUUGGCCUUUUGUCAUUACCAUCAACAAAGUCAUCAUCAUCAUCUGCGUCCGCAUCACUAUCGCCAUCAAUGUCAAUGUUUAGAAAUCGUCAUGGCUACCAUUCUCGUUACUGUCAUUAUUCGAAAUUUGAAUGAUUUUAACAACUACUAUGUAUACAUGUGUAUGUGUGUGUAUGACUGUCGAAAAUAGCACAAAUAUUUCUAUAAAUAGUUGUGUAAUAUUAGGUUACUUCUGAUUUAAAUAAUAUCAGAGACUGUAAAAAAUAAAUUGUAACCAAAAAGCGGCAACCUAUGUCUAAUAAUAUAUGUUAUCUUAAUAAACCUAGGAAAGUUUUCGA